ACUGAUUGGAGGGCUUGUUUGGUCACAAGCGGCGCCUCCGAGCCGCUGUUCCAUGGCGGGCCAUGCCGUCCGAGGGCCGCUGCUGGGAGACCCUACAGGCGCUGCGCAGCUCCAACAAAGGUCGCCUGUGCUACGACCGCGACUGGCUUCUGCGGGGCGAGGAUGUUUUGGAAGAAUGUAUGUCUCUUCCCAAGCUGUCUCCUUACUCCGGAUGGGUGGUCGAUCACGUUCUACCCCACACGCAGGAGAACCCACCUGCCUCUGAGACUUCACCCACCUCCGGGUCCACCUCAGCCCUAGACCCACCCCCGUCCGUUUCCAGAUCUUCUGUCAGAAGCUCUGCCUUCUCGUCAGCCUCCCCCACGACCCCAGAUGGAGUCCAGGACAAACAGGAGUCCCAGCGUCCAGAAUGUAUAGCGCUUCAGUCCUCCCGGGGGAUCCAAGUCGAAGGAUGCAUCCGAAUGUACGAGCAGGUGCACAGAAUGAAGGGAGCGGAGGGCCUGAGACAGUGGCAGGAGGAGCAAGAGAGGAAGGUGCGAGCCCUCUCGGAGAUGGCCUGUGAGCAGCUGAAGCGCUUUGAUGAGCGGAAGGAGCUGAAGCAACACAAGGAGUUCCAGGACUUACGGGAAGUGAUCGAGAAGAGCACCAGAGAAGCCCUGGGGCACCAGGAGAAACUAAAAGCUGAGCAUCGGCACAGAGCCAAGAUCCUGAACCUGAAGCUGCGGGAGGCAGAGCAGCAGCGGCUGAAGCAGGUGGAGCAGGAGCGGCUGUGGCGGGAGGAGGGCCAGGUCCGCCUGCGCAGCCUCUACGCCCUGCAGGAGGAGGUGCUGCAGCUCAGCCAGCAGCUGGACGCCUCAGACCAGCACAGGGACCUGCCGAACGUCGACCUGGCCGCCUUCCGGACCCGAGGCAACCAGCUGUGCAGCCUCGUCUCGGGCAUCAUUCGGGCCUCCUCGGAGAGCGGCUACCCUACAGCAGAGAACCAGGCUGAGGCUGAGCAAGCCCUGCAGGGAAUGCGCGGCCUCCUUGUGAGCUUGGGGCAGGAGAUCGCCAGAGCCUGUGAAGACAAGAAGAAGCAGCAGGAAAAGGAGGCCCAGGCCAGACUGCAGGAGUCACAGGUGCACCAGGGCCAGGAGGCCCACAAGGAGUCGGCGGCUCCCAGCCGGGGCCCAGGAGACAAACAGCAGGAAGCCCUCCAGGUGAAGGUGCAAGACAGUACGAUGCAGUGGUAUCAGCAGCUGCAGGAGGUGUCCUCUCAGUGUGUGAGGGCCUUUGAGGGCCUGACCAGCAGCAAGGAUAUCCAGGCCAAAAAGAUCAAGAUGGACCUCCAGAAAGCUGCUACCAUCCCUGUGAGCCAGAUCUCCACCAUUGCAGGCUCGAAGCUGAAGGAGAUCUUUGACAAGAUUCACAGUCUGCUCUCUGGAAAACCUGUUCAGUCUGGUGGGCGCUCUGUAUCCGUCACACUUAGCCCGCAGGGGCUGGACUUUGUCCAGUACAAACUGGCAGAGAAAUUUGUGAAACAAGGCGAGGAGGAAGUGGCCUCUCACCACGAAGCCGCCUUCCCCAUCGCGGUGGUGGCCUCAGGGAUCUGGGAGCUCCACCCCAGGGUGGGGGACCUCAUUCUUGCUCAUCUACACAGGAAGUGCCCUUACUCCGUCCCCUUCUACCCAGCUUUCAAGGAGGGAAUGGCUUUGGAGGACUAUCAGAGGAUGCUGGGCUACCAGGUGAAGGAUUCCAAGGUGGAACAGCAGGACACCUUCCUCAAACGCAUGUCUGGGAUGAUCCGUCUCUAUGCUGCCAUCAUUCAGCUCCGGUGGCCGUACGGAAACCGACAGGAGAUGCACCCUCAUGGUCUAAAUCAUGGCUGGCGCUGGUUGGCACAGAUCUUGAACAUGGAGCCCCUGUCCGAUGUCACAGCCACUCUUCUCUUUGACUUCUUGGAGGUGUGUGGGAAUGCCCUCAUGAAGCAGUACCAGCUCCAGUUCUGGAAGAUGAUUCUUCUCAUCAAGGAGGAGUACUUUCCCAGAAUUGAAGCCAUCACAAGUUCAGGCCAGAUGGGCUCCUUCAUACGCCUCCAGCAGUUCCUCGAGAAAUGUUUGCAACGCAGGGAGAUUCCUGUUCCCAAGGGCUUUCUGACUUCCUCCUUCUGGCGCUCCUGACGUCACUCGUCACCCACCAUCGCCGCGGUGUCACAAAGGCACUGAAUAAAGCCAGGAAGACAGCGGAUUUGAGAGCAGUCAGGUCCGACUCAGACAUUUGUCGUUGUGGAUUUCUGUGUGGAUUUGUACCUUGUGACAGGAUGAGAGGAGAGAUCGCCACAAAUCGCAAACCCUCGGCGUCCCUUAGUGCCGCGGUAGCUCCUGCAGCACGUCAGAGCUGCUGCUUUCUCCAGACGUCCGAGGAGGGGAGUUUGGCCCAGGUCUCUCCCCUCAUAGUUACCUUUUUCUAAAGUGAGUAAUACAUGAUAGCCAUUUCCCUCUGACCUCGAGGGCACCCAGGGCCCUCCCCGGCCUCCCCUCCCUUGCCUGCCCGUGUCGGACCUGAGGCCCAGUGCUCUUGUGCAGGUCUGGGUUCUGGCGGCUUUGCCUCUCAGUUCGUGGGGUCCCAGUGCAGGGGGCAGGGGCGAUGGGCGUGGCUGGGUCCCAGGUUGUGCUGGGAUCCCUCGCGUCAGAAGCCCAUGUGAUGUUGAGCCGAGGCUCUCGUCCUCUUCAUUUGGAAUUUCAUCCCUGGGUGGCCAGGGGUGCCUGACUGUGGGCAGGCGCUUUUUGUUUUGUUUUUCAGCUUGAAUUAAGGUGACUGAGAUGGGGCUUGCAACAGUCCCUGAGCUGACCAUCCAUAAGCAACGAAUCAGGGCUAAGGAAAGAGUUAGAGGCGAAUCCAGCGCUGCUUUGUCAUGUUCUACACGUUUGACUGUUGAUUUCUCCUGUGAAGCCACUGCAGAAAUCCAGAGUUUGUUCGGAUCAGUGUUAGACUGGUUUUAUGGAAAAACUCAUUCUCUUUCAUACUACACAGGUCUCUGGCUCUGGGCUCCAUGGAUUUGGGGAAAUGUUCAUUUGUGGGGAGCGGUCACUGGCAUGCAAGGGGCAUGAAGUGACCCAUUUUACAAAUUGUUGACUGCUGUGCCCAGAAAUAAGUAAUAAAGCUUGACUUGUGAAACCCCCGUGCUGGCGGACGGUUGGCUGCGCUCUGCUCCUGCACCCUGAGCCGAGUGACUCAGCGGGCACAGAGGGACUCGUGCGAUCUUCUCUGCUGUCAUCCUGACCUUGACCUUGAGAAAACUGCUGCUUUUUCUGUCACUGAUUUUGGAAUUAUGUGCCAAUAACUCUAUUUAUUUCUUUUUUAGAUUUAUGUAUUUAUUUGAAACAGUUACACAUAGAGAAGAGAUACAGAGAGAGGUCUUCCAUCUGCUGGUUGACUCCCCAGUUGGCCACAACGGCCUGAGCUACGCCAAAAUCUGAGGCCAGGAGCCAGGAGCUUCUUCCAGGCCUCCCAAGCGGGUGCAGUUGCCCAAGGACUUGGACCAUCUUACACUGCUUUCCCAGGCCGCAGCAGAGAGCUGGAUUGGAAGUGGAGCAGUCGGGACACGAACUGGCACCCAUGCGGGAUGCCGGCACUGCAGGUGGAGGCUUAACCUACGCUGCAGCACUGGCCCUUCCGCAGUACUUCUGCUUGGUGUGCUGUACAUAAUGGGGUCUCCAUGAAAGGUAAUUACGGAACAACUCGUCAGUGGGACUGGCACUGUGGCAUAGUAGGCUAAGCCUCUGCCUGCAGCGCCAGAAUCCCGUUUGGAUGCCAGCUUGAGUCCCGGCUGUUCCACUUCAAUCCAGCUGCCUGCUAAUGGCUGAGAAAGGAAUGGAGGAUGGCCCAGGUGCUUGGGCCCCUGCACCCACGUGGGAGACCCAGAGGCAGCUCCUGUCCUGGCUUUGGAUGGGCCCAGCUCCAGCUGUGUGGCCAUUUGGGAAGUGAACCAGCAGUUGGAAGACCUGUCUGUCCUUCUCUCUGUAACUCUGCCUCUCAAAUAAAUAAAUAAAUACAUACAUACAUCUUUUAAAAAAUGAUGAUGAUACAAGAAUACUUCAAAAGUUUAUGAGGAAAUGGAAUUAAAAGAUAAAUUUUAAAAAAUGUGAGGGAUGGGCAUUUGGCCUAGUGGAUCCCGCAUUGGAACGCCAGCUCUGCUCUCAGUUGCGGCACCCUGCUAAUGCACACAGUUGGACCCCUGCCACCCAAGUGGGAGACCCAGACUGAGUUCCAGGCUCCUGGCUUCAGCCUGGCUCAGCCACAGCCUUUGCAGCCAUUUGGGCAGUGAACCAGCAGAUGAAGAACUUCUCUCUCUGCUACUCUGCUUUUCAAAUCUUAAAAAAUAAUAAUAAAUAAAAAUCACUGGCAGGACAGUCUGGAAGUCUCUUCCACUCUGAAUUUGUACCGCUGCGCAGAAAAUACCUCUUGGGCUGUUUGCCCUGCCCUGGGUGUGGUCACGUGUUGUGCACGUGUCAUUUGAUGCUGGUAUCCUGUGGGUUCCCGGUGGUAACCAACACGGAGGGCGGGGAGGCCGGGGUUCUGAUCCUCGGGAUAGGGUCGCCCUCAGGGAUCACUGUCCCUGGCCGACCGGGCACUCCUGAGGGUGACGGCAUCGGGUUCCUCACAGGACGCAGGACUGCGUUCCUGUUCAGUUCCAGGACUCCUCUGCUUGCCGCCUUUCGAGCUUGACCUCAUUGCUGAGACAGGGCCCUGUCCUUUGUCACGGCAUUGUCCUGUAAUACAUUUGAUGAUGCAAAGAGGAUCCCAACAGGACAGCAUCUCACACCCCGCAGAUAGCAUGGACUCGUAGGUUUCCCAUCGGGCUCAGAGUGUUCCUUCCCUCAAGCUUCCUGUGAUGACAGCCGUGUCGUAGUGGGAGUUGGACAUCAUCGGUCCCAGCGCCACCAGGACAACCAGAAGCCGUGGCAGAGCCGCAGGGCUGAGGCUGCUUGUGGCGUAACAGGAAGCCACCAGUUCACAGUGCCGGCAUCCCACGUGAGCACUGGCUCAAGACCUGGCGCUGCACUUCCGAUCCAGCUCCCUGCUAGUGUCCUGGGAAAGCAGUGGAAAACGGCCCAAGUCCUUGGGCCCCUGCACCCAACUGGGAGACCCAGAAGAAGCUCCUGGCUCCUGGCUUUGGUCUGGCCCAGCCUUGGCUGUUGCAGCCAUUUGAGGAAUGAACCAGCGGAUGGC